AUGCUUCGAUUCAAGGCUUCUACUACUCGUAACAUAACGAGGUUAUUAAAAAAUACCGUUAGGACUAAUACUUUCAUUCAUACGCCAAUAAGAUUUGCUACUUCUAUCUCAUAUGAAAACGAUCUUUUGGAUUCAGAACUGAAAUGGUCUCCAAACACUAUACUGUUUAAAAAUUCUAAAAAUAAUAAUAAUAUUUCUAAUAGUACAAACAAUAAACCCGUGUCAAAGGAUAAAAAGAAAGAUCGUAAGAAGGAAAAUGACGAAAAUAAAGAAGUUCCUGUAAAUAAGAAUAACAAUAUAACUGAACAAAAGGGUAAAUCAUCUUCGUCAGCCGAGACCGGAAGUGGCGCUCCUGCAACUCCCCCAAACAAUAACAACAAUGGUGAUGGAGGAAAUGAUGGACAUGAUCCAGUGAAACUAGAUACUAGUUUGCCAGAGAUAUACCCCCAGAUGUUGGCUUUACCGAUAUCAAGAAGACCGUUAUUUCCUGGGUUUUAUAAGGCAGUAGUUAUCUCUGAUCCAGAUGUAAUGAAGGCGAUCACUGAAAUGUUGGACCGUCAACAACCAUACAUUGGCGCAUUCAUGUUGAAGGAUUCCUCAGUUGAUACUGACAUUAUUAAGAAUAGAGAUGAUGUACAUUCAGUGGGUGUAUUAGCUCAAAUUACUAGCGCAUUCCCAAGUAAAGAUGAAAAAACUGGUUCUGAAACUAUGACAGCUUUACUAUAUCCACAUAGAAGAAUCAAAAUUGAUGAAUUAGUUCCACCUGUUAUCGAAGAAAAGGCAAAGGAACCACAGGAUAUAAAGAAUAUUAUAGUGGAAAAGAUUGUGGAACCAACAAAAAAGGAGUCUCAAAGCACAGAAAAAGAAACAGAAAAAGUUAACGAUACAGAGGAGACUAGUGCGAAGACUAACGAAACUGAACCAAAGGAUGAAACUGAUAUUGAACCUGCCAAAAAAAAUAAUGUUGUCGAAGAGUCUUCAAAAACUGAUGGCACAUUAAUCUCUGAAUUCAAUCCUACAGAAUUCUUGAAAAAAUUCAAAGUAUCUUUAGUAAAUGUUUCCAAUUUGGAAGAUGAUCCAUUCGAUAGGAAAUCUCCUAUAAUUAAUGCAUUGACUUCUGAAAUUUUGAAAGUAUUUAAGGAAAUAUCUCAAUUAAAUACCAUGUUUAGAGAACAAAUUGCUACUUUUUCAGCAUCUAUUCAAUCGGCUACUACUAAUAUCUUUGAAGAACCUGCAAGAUUGGCAGAUUUUGCUGCUGCUGUUUCAGCAGGCGAAGAAGAUGAAUUGCAAGAUAUACUAAGUUCAUUAAAUAUUGAACAACGCUUAGAAAAAUCGUUAUUGGUUCUAAAAAAGGAAUUAAUGAAUGCUGAACUACAAAAUAAGAUCUCAAAAGAUGUUGAGACAAAGAUACAAAAGAGACAAAGAGAAUAUUAUUUGAUGGAACAAUUAAAGGGGAUCAAAAGAGAACUAGGGAUCGAUGACGGACGUGAUAAAUUGAUUGAGACAUACAAGAAACGUGUUGAAAAAUUAAAACUACCAAAGAAUGUCAAGAAAAUAUUUGAUGAUGAACUGAUGAAAUUAUCUACAUUAGAGACCUCUAUGUCCGAAUUUGGUGUUACAAGAAACUAUUUGGAUUGGAUAACAUCUCUUCCAUGGGGUUUGAUAUCGAGGGAACAAUAUUCAAUUGAUGUUGCAAAGACAAUUCUAGAUGAAGACCAUUAUGGUAUGAAAGAUGUCAAGGACCGUAUUCUUGAAUUCAUUGCAGUGGGUAAAUUGUUAGGAAAAGUCGAUGGUAAAAUUAUUUGUUUUGUUGGUCCACCUGGUGUUGGUAAGACAUCUAUUGGUAAAUCUAUUGCUCGUGCUUUAAACCGUAAAUUUUUCCGAUUCUCCGUUGGUGGUAUGUCUGAUGUUGCUGAAAUUAAAGGUCACAGGAGAACAUACAUUGGUGCACUACCAGGUAGAAUCAUCCAAGCUUUAAAGAAAUGUCAAACUCAAAAUCCUUUAAUAUUAAUUGAUGAAAUUGAUAAAAUUGGCCACGGUGGUAUGCAUGGUGAUCCUUCUUCUGCCUUGUUAGAAGUAUUAGAUCCAGAGCAAAACAAUAGCUUUUUGGAUAAUUAUCUAGAUAUCCCUAUCGAUCUAUCGAAAGUUUUAUUUGUUUGCACUGCCAAUACGCUGGAUACUAUCCCAAGACCAUUGCUGGACCGUAUGGAGGUAAUUGAAUUGACUGGGUACGUUGCAGAAGAGAAAGUUCAAAUUGCAGAAAGAUACCUUGUUCCUCAAGCUAGAAAGACCGCAGGUUUAACUAAUGCCAAUGUUGAACUAACAGAAAAUGCUACAGUUGCGUUGAUGAAGCACUAUUGUAGAGAAAGUGGUGUUAGAAAUUUAAAGAAACAAAUUGAAAAGAUAUACAGAAAGGCUGCUUUAAACAUCUUAAAAAAAAUUGCUGAAACAUCCGAUCCUCUUGUUGAACCGGUAUCAACUUCUAAGACAUCCGAAGCUGAGUUUAAAGAAGAUGAAGUUAAAGAUAUUGAGAUUGAAAACGAAGAAGAUAAGAGUAAAGCUAUGGUGGUCCCAGAUAAUAUUAGUGUAUCUAUCACACCUGAAAACUUAAAGGAUUAUGUCGGUCCUCCAAUCUACACUACCGAUAGACUAUAUGAAACUACACCACCAGGCAUUGUCAUGGGACUGGCAUGGACAAGUAUGGGAGGUUGUUCGUUAUAUGUGGAGUCUGUCCUAGAACAACCACUUCAUAAUUGUAAGCACCCAACUCUAGAACGUACUGGUCAGCUUGGUGACGUGAUGAAAGAAUCAUCUCGUCUUGCCUACUCAUUCUCUAAAAUGUUUUUGGCUAAUAAAUUCCCUGAAAAUAGAUUUUUCCAACAGGCUUCCAUACAUCUACAUUGUCCAGAAGGUGCAACACCUAAGGAUGGUCCAUCUGCAGGUGUUACUAUGGCCACAUCAUUCCUAUCAUUAUCAUUAAACAAGUCCAUUGAACCAACAGUGGCAAUGACAGGUGAAUUGACAUUAACCGGUAAAGUGUUACGUAUUGGUGGGUUGAGAGAAAAAGCUGUAGCUGCGAAGAGAUCCGGUGCCAAGACAAUUAUCUUCCCCAAGGAUAAUUGGAGUGAUUGGGAGGAAUUACCUGCCAAUGUGAAAGAAGGUUUAACUCCUCUUCCAGCUGACUGGUACGGAGACAUUUUCAAUAAAUUGUUCCCAGAUAUGUCCACAGAAGAAGGUAAUGCAGUCUGGGCUUCCGAAUUCGCUUUACUGGAUGCCAAGAAAAACAAAGACCAUGAUAACGAUGACUAA